GAGUCGCCGCCCGGGCUCCGGACGGAUGAGCCUAGGAAAGGCCGGGGCGCUGCCAGUUCCUCCAGGCCGCCACCUCCCGCACUGCCCAGCCGGGUCUCCAGCCACCAGCAGUGCCGGCGCUGGGCGCGCGAGGCGCGUGGAGCAUGGGCGGCCUGGUGACCUAGUGUCCAGCCACCAAGGGGCCGCGCGUCGUCCCACUCCCCACUCUCCUGCUGGGCCGAUCUCCGCACACCCGGGGCCCGUGGGCGGCCGGCGCGCCGGUGACCAUGCACGGGGAGGCCAUCUGCAGCGCCCUGCCCACCAUCCCCUACCACAAGCUCGCCGACCUGCGCUACCUGAGCCGCGGGGCCUCGGGCACCGUGUCGUCCGCCCGCCACUCCGACUGGCGCGUCCAAGUGGCUGUGAAGCACCUGCACAUCCACACGCCGCUGCUCGACAGUGAACGAAAUGAUAUCUUAAGAGAAGCUGAAAUUCUACACAAAGCUAGAUUUAGUUAUAUUCUUCCAAUUUUAGGAAUUUGCAAUGAGCCAGAAUUUUUGGGAAUAGUUACUGAAUACAUGCCAAAUGGAUCAUUAAAUGAACUCUUACACAGGAAAACUGAAUAUCCUGGUGUUCCUUGGCCACUGAGAUUUCGCAUCCUGCAUGAAAUUGCACUUGGUGUAAAUUACCUACACAAUAUGAAUCCGCCUCUACUUCAUCAUGACUUGAAGACUCAGAAUAUCCUGUUAGAUAAUGAAUUUCAUGUUAAGAUUGCAGAUUUUGGAUUAUCAAAAUGGCGCAUGAUGUCUCUCUCACAAUCACGAAGUAGCAAAUCUGCACCAGAAGGAGGAACAAUUAUUUAUAUGCCACCUGAAAACUACGAGCCCGGACAGAAGUCCAGGGCCAGUGUGAAGCAUGAUAUAUAUAGCUAUGCAAUGAUCACAUGGGAGGUGUUAUCGAGAAAACAGCCUUUUGAAGACGUCACCAAUCCUUUGCAGAUCAUGUACAGUGUGUCACAGGGACAUCGCCCAGACACAGAGGAAGCAAGCUUACCACAUGACAUCCCACACCGGGCACUCAUGGUCUCUCUAAUCAAAAGUGGAUGGGCACAGAACCCAGAUGAAAGACCCUCUUUCUUAAAAUGUUUAAUAGAACUUGAACCAGUGCUGAGAACAUUUGAAGAGAUAACUUUUCUUGAAGCUGUUAUUCAGCUAAAGAGAACAAAGUUACAGAGUGCUUCAAGUUCAUGUGAUAAGAAAAUGGAGCUGUCUCUGAACAUACCUAUAAAUAAUGGUCCACAGGAGGAAUCGUGUGGGUCCUCUACAGUCUACCAAGGUAGUGGCUUUCCUGGAACCUCGAGAUCCCUGGCUGCUACACAAGACAAAAGCUUUUUAUCUGGAGAAGCUGAGGACUGUUCUACCGUGAAGCCACAUCACUGCACAGUGCAUCGCAGCUGGGACAGCUCCGUUACUGCCUCUCAGAGGGCAACAUUCUGUGAUCACAAGACCAUGCCAUGCCCUUCAGCAAUAAUAAACCCUCUCCUGUCUGUGGGAAGUUCAGAGCGCCUACAGCCUGGUAUAGCCCAGCAGUGGAUCUUGAGCAAACGGGAAGAUAUUGUGAGCCAAAUGACAGAAGCCUGUCUUAACCAAUCACUGGAUGCCUUACUAGCCAGGGACUUGAUCAUGAAGGAGGACUAUGAACUGAUUAGUACCAAACCUACAAGGACAUCAAAAGUCAGACAAUUACUGGAUACUACUGACAUCCAAGGAGAAGAAGUUGCCAAAGUUAUAGUUCAAAAGUUGAAAGACAACAAACAAAUGGGUCUUCAGCCUUACCCAGAAGUACUUGUGGUUUCUAGGUCACCAUCUUCAAACUUCCUUCAAAAUAAAAGCAUAUAACUGAGUCUUUUUUGAAGAAGAAACUUUAUAGAUGGUUAUUUAUGUCUGUUACCUUCAAAAUGUUUUUACAAAAGAAUGUGAGUAUUAGAAGAUUUUCUGAAGUUUUGGGGGAGUUGAGAACAAAGAAUCUUCUCCCCUAAUAUUGCAAUAUUUUGUUAAAUAAUGUAAGUAAAAAGUUUGCAUUUUGA